CGCGAGAUAAACGAGAUUCAAAAUGGCAGCGCCCGUCGAGCAAACACAUGCAAGUGGGUUAGCCUCCGUGAAACAUGUCCUCCUUGUCCUCUCUGGUAAAGGAGGUGUUGGGAAGAGCACUGUUUCUACCCAGGUAGCAUUAGCACUGAGGCAGGCUGGGAAGAAGGUUGGAUUGCUAGAUAUUGAUCUAUGUGGACCAAGUAUACCAAAAAUGCUCAAUUUGGAAAGCCAUGAAGUUCACCAAUGCCCAGAAGGAUGGGUUCCUGUGUAUGUGGACAAAGAGCAGAGAUUGGGUGUCAUGUCUAUUGGUUUCCUUCUCAACAACAGAGAUGAUGCUGUUGUAUGGAGGGGUCCUAAGAAAAAUGCGAUGAUUAAACAGUUUAUUAAUGACGUAUUCUGGCAGGAUGUAGACUACCUGGUGAUUGACACGCCACCUGGGACGUCAGAUGAACACAUAACAGUCAUGGAGGCACUUAAAGAAUACAAGCCAGAUGGCGCUAUUUUAGUAACAACCCCGCAGGCGGUGGCAGUAGGUGAUGUUAGGCGGGAACUUACAUUUUGUAAAAAGACGGGACUCAAAAUUCUUGGAAUCAUAGAAAACAUGAGUGGAUAUGUCUGUCCACAUUGCUCAGAGUGCAAUAACAUAUUCUCUAAAGGCGGAGGGGAGGGUUUGGCCCAGCAUGCAUCAGUACCAUUCCUAGGCUGUAUACCAUUCGAUCCUCAACUGACUCAAAGUUUGGAAGAAGGCAAAAGUUUUGUGGAUUUAUUUCCACAAUCUCAGACUCUUGAAGUGAUUAGGACAAUCAUAGAACAACUUAUUAAUAAACCGGAUACAUAAAAUUCAGAAUAUUAUUAGGCUAUUAAUUGUUUUAUCACUACUUUAGAAUAUGCUAAUUGUACAGCGUAUACAUGUCAAAUGUAAUUAAAAUUCAGUGCAGUCAGUUAAGAAGGCAAAUUUUUGGUAGAUUUCUUCCUUCAGUUUAAUCUUGUAUAAGGUCUCAACUUAGAAAA